UCUUCCGGUUUAAAACAAAGGGUUUGAACAAAGACGCUCAGCCUGGGUACCAGCGUGCAGCAGACGUGCUUUUGGAUUGGUUAGACUACGGUCCAAUAAGAAAGAAGAGUCGCUUCUUCUAUUUACAUACAUGUUUCCGGGUCACCGCCAGGCGGCAGGCCGUCCAACCAGGUGCCAGAUAUUUGGAACCCUCAUUUGAAUAUAAAGAUGACAAAUAGGCCUGCCCGCGCCCCAUUCCGGUUGGUCCAGGUUCGGUUACCGCCUUGCAAUGCCGGAGCCUUCCCGCUCCGCGCCGGCCCCCAAAAAGGGCUCCAAGAAGGCCAUCUCCAAGGCGCAGAAGAAGGACGGCAAGAAGCGCAAGCGCGGCCGCAAGGAGAGUUACUCCAUCUACGUGUACAAGGUGCUGAAGCAGGUGCACCCCGACACAGGCAUCUCGUCCAAGGCCAUGGGCAUCAUGAACUCCUUCGUCAACGACAUCUUCGAGCGCAUCGCGGGCGAGGCGUCGCGCUUGGCGCACUACAACAAGCGCUCGACCAUCACGUCCCGCGAGGUGCAGACGGCCGUGCGCCUGCUGCUGCCCGGCGAGCUGGCCAAGCACGCCGUGUCCGAGGGCACCAAGGCCGUCACCAAGUACACCAGCUCCAAGUGAGCGCGCCCCGGCGCUCGAACCCAAAGGCUCUUUUCAGAGCCACCUCCAAGCUCGAAAAGGAGCGUGCGCGUGGUCGGACUGUGACCAGUGACUCAGUAGGAGCGCGGGGGGAGGCACACUGCGCAGUGGUGCGCGUCCUGACGCUGGAUUAGGCCCCGUUCCUAACGGUACGUUUUCCUUUAAAAAAAACAAAAACAAAAAACAGAAAACACGCUGGCUCCGUGUAGCCCACAGCCAGCAGCUGGAGAGGGAGCACCCCGCGGAAAUCUGGCCAAUGUGGCGUUCUUUUUGCUCACCAACAGGGCGUUCGGGGCCAUUCCCCCAACUCCUGUCUCAUGGAUGCAGCUGGAGGACGCUCUGGUUGAGACUGGGAUUGUCGCGCUGCCCUGCGAAAACACCUGAGCCUUGUUCCUCGGCUCUUAACCCUCGCUCGCCAGGGUUCAGCAUCAUGAGCUUCUAGCGAAAAGCUAAACAUUUCAGAAGCGAUUCUUUAAGCAGCUCUUUGCUCAGUGUGUUCCCUUGGAAACACUGCUCCUGCUGGCGCACAGGCCCUGGUCUCUACCCUCAACUGAAAUCCUCAGUUGAGAGAUUCUGCAUUCCUUCAUAUGUGUAUUUUUCCCAUAGUGAGAGUUGAAAGAUCCUUUUCAUCCCCAAACGUGUGUAACAUAAUUAUGUUUAUGCACGUUUGUAUCGUGCACAUAACCGUAAACGUGAAAUAUCCUUUUACAUAAAGCAAAUCUGCACCUUUCCCCCGGCACCUUUCUUUUUAAUUCCCUGGGGAGCUAUGAGCAAAGUAAGUACAAUGUUCACUUGGUGACACAUUAAUUUCUAAGGCAUGCAGGCCUGCCUGGGAUUCAGGCUGUAUCCUCAACCAAGAACACCUCAGAGUGACCCCUUCUUUCCCCCAAGAGCUCAUAGUUGGUUGGAUUUGGAUUUGCUCGGUCUGACGGUAGACAACAGCCAUCUUCUCACAUCAGCCACAGUGUCAGCCAUGCAUCUGUUAGCAUUUAACCUCUUACUGUCUCAUAUGGUAAGUUGGCCUCCUUCAGCUUGUAGCUUCUUCUCAAAGGAAUAGUUCUUUUUCCUUCCUCCAAAGUCUUUGGUUUACUUCCUAUUAAUUAGGAAAUUUUACUUGGAAAGGUCUAGCAGGAAGGGCAGUCUCUUCUAUGCUUUUCAGAUGGUAUGCCUGCAAAAUCCCUCCCACUUUUUCUAGAAACCACUUUAAGCAUUAGCUUGGUUUAUUGAGACUCAGAAUACUUCCUUUGUGUAAGUCCUGAUUCUCCUAAUCUCUACAGAUUUUUACAUAUUUUGGUAUGCACUGCCUUUAUUUAACUUUCAACUUACCCAGAAUGUCUUCUUCUCUGUUGUAAUAAUGGAAUUAUAGACAUGAGUUUGUAUACAAUUUCUCUCAGUUUUCUUCAUUACAGCAAUCUCAAUGGCCAAGAUGCUGUUUUGUGUUCUUUCCCCUAACAGAUUUUCGUCCAAGGAGGGAAGGACAAGUCCUACCCAUUCUGGGCCUGGGGCUGCCAGGCAGCAAGUAAAGGCUUCCUAUUCUUACUCCAAGCUGUUCCCAAAAGAGUCAAGAAAACUAAGAAAUUAAUCCAUAUUUUGCAUUACCUACAACAAAAUCUAUUCUUAUAGAAUUAUAUUUGGAAAUUAUGAUGCAUUCACUUUGCUCACAGAUUCCGCCUACUGCUAACAAUCACACUUUGUCUGCUGGAGACAAGCUUCAUUUUAUUUAACCUGUGCGUUGGUCUCCUUAAAGUAGAGAACCACAUGGAUCUACAGGUCUACAUGAAGUGAUUACAGAUGCUCCUUUAAAAUUUCAUCUGUUUGACUAGCACUGCAAACAAAACAAAACAAAACAAAACAAAAAUAAACUUCAUUUCCAAUUUAUAGGUCAAAGCUGGUGGCUUGGAUGUCUCAGUCAUUGUUGACAGGUCCAAGUUAAUUUCAAUGAUGGAUCAUUGUUUAAGUUUUAAAUUAGGAAGGCAAGGAAUUGAGUAAAAUAGCUAUGACAAAAUUUCAAUUCUUAUGUGUUUAUCUCCAUAA